CGCUUCUUCUCCCCGCUUUCUAGCCGGCCUUGCGGUUGGAGCAACUCCCCCUCCCUUUUGUCUCUGUCCUUGCCCGCCCCCUGGAGAGGGAGUGGGGGGGACUGAGGCCGAGGAGGAGCUGGGGUUGCCUGAUCCGCCCAAGGGGGCUGGAAAGGGAUCGGGUUGCUUUCCCUCCGCCUUCCGCAUAUCCUGUUUUGUUGACAGUGCCGAGAGACCGCCCUUCCCUUGGUGUAAGGCUUCCUCUCUUCCCGUCGGGGCGGAUCUUGGACUCCGAAGUUGAGUCGGGUUCAGGAUUUUGUAGCAACCGUUUACAAAGAAAACCAUGCCUCCCCAUGUUCUGUGCCUAAGCAGAUAAAAGUAUUUGUGCACUUUAAUCUUCUACCUGCGCCCUUGGCUAGUACAUUGUGAACCUGUACCUCUUGCAUACGAAGACGUUCCAGCCAGAGUCUUGUUAUUGCCUUAGCAAUGUUCCAGAGGCUGAAUAAUAUGUUCGUGGGAGAAAUCAAUAAUAUGCCCAGGCAAGAGCCAGAGUUCAGCGAGAAAGAAGAGGAGGAGUGGAUUCUGGUGGAUUUUAUCGACACCUGUACUAACUUCUCAAUGAUUGAAGAGGAAGAGGAGGAGGUGGAGGAAGAAGAAGAUACCCAUAAAGCAUCGCCUGUGGACAAUUCACCUGUCUGCUCUUGUCUGCCUCCUUCCUUGGAAUGUUUGGCUGAUGCCAGUGAAUCUUGCUUUAUCCAGUUUGACUCGUGCCCCAUGGAAGAGAGCUGGUUCAUUACGCCACCUCCGUGUUUCACUGCGGGUGGCUUGACCGCUCUCAAAGUGGAAACCAGCCCCUUGGAGAACCUUCUGAUCGAGCAUCCCAGCAUGUCUGUAUAUGCAGUCCAUAAUACCCGCCACAGCCUCAACAAGAUGAGCUGUGGUGGUAAUGAGGAAGAAGAGGAGGAGGAGGAAGAAGAAGAAGAAGAAGAGACACAGCCUCGUGAUGUAAGCAAUCCUAGAUCGGAAGCCCAAAGUGAAAGGGGUCAACACAUCCGAUGCUAUUUUGCAGCAAUCACUGCUCACUCAACCUUUCUCGAACAGACCAAGAGUUUUCGUCCUUCCCAGUGGAUAAAAGAACACAACAAAAGACAAUAUCUGAACAGAAACUGCCUCCGUCGCCAAAACCUCACCAGGGAUUGCUACUCUCGGCAACUCAAGAACAACGGAUUGUUUGUUCACCAGCCUUGCCACCGUCAGUAUAAUUACUGAGGGCAUCUUGCGUUGUUGUUUUUUCUUCUUC